UCAGCAUCACAAAAACAUCUUCCGAAUCAACAAAAUCUCUCCCCCCUUCUCAGUCUUUUAAAAUCCUAAGUUACAAUGGGUGUUAUCACUUUGGAAAACGAGUUUGCUGUUGCUGUCGCCCCAGCCAAGCUUUUCAAGGCAUACUGCCUUGAGACCGACACUCUUUUGCCUAAAAUUCUACCAGAGCACAUUAAGAGCUCUGAUAUAGUUGAAGGAAAUGGAGGGCCUGGAACCUUCAGGAAGAUCACUUUUGCCGAAGGCAAAGAACUCAGUUAUGCCAAGCAGAAGAUUGAGGCUAUUGACGAAGAGAACUUGACCUACAGCUUCAGCUUGAUUGAAGCCAAUGUUUGGAAGGAUGCAGUAGAAAAGGUGACUUAUGAGCACAAGUUCGUGCCAACUCCUGAGGGAGGUUCCAUUUGCAAGAGAACCAGCACAUAUUACAUCAAGGGUGAUGCUGAGAUCAAUAAAGAUCAAAUCAAGGACGUGUAUGGCAAAAAGACCGCGGGCUUGUUCAAGGCUGUUGAAGCCUACUUCUUGGCAAAUCCAGAUGCCUAAAUAUGAAAAUUCCCACGUGUGUGUCCUUUUUCUUGGUUGUCUUUGGCAGUGUGGUUAUUGCUUUUUCUUCUUCCUUUGGGUAAAUUUUCCAUCCUUGUUACCGGCAAGAAAACUCGAGAGUACUCAAGUAUAUCUUCUAUUACUUUAAUAGUUUUUGAUUUUGUGGUCAUUUGGUUAAUUGUAUUGAAGCAGUUCUUUUCAAUAGUUGAUGUUAUUGUAUUGUUUGCAAAAUACAUAAUAAAAAUCACCAUGUCGUCAAGUGUUUACUU